CAUUUUAGUAUUCGCCGUGCGAUCGCGUUGUGUUGUUGUGUUCACUACUAGUCGGAAUUUAUUGUACAUUUUAAUUUAACAUUUCUAAAUACCAACGUAAAAAUUAUUUCAAGUUGUCUUUGGAUAGUGCAAUUAUCUGUACAUCACUAGCAAGUGUCGUUUGUUAUUUUGAAAGUUUUCGCGGUGUGUUUGACGUUUGGAUUUCGGAUGCCGUGGAUCGUGACUGGAAAUAGUGAAAGUUGUUUCGUAAAAUAUUAAAAUUGUCUUCGUGGGGUCACAGUGUUCGCUUUAUCGAUAUAUUCGUAAAGUAGUAUUCAAAUGAAUAGGAAGGAGAAUAUUUUUGACUUUACGUUUGAGUGAAUUUUAAAAAUCGUGGCCUCUGAAGACGAAACAGGUGGAACAAUUAAUCCACCGAAGAGUAAACGGCAGAUGUGUUUGGUUGAAAGGCGGGAAGUAAAAAUCCGCCCUUUAAAUAUGACUAUAGCACGAAGAUUACCUACACAAAAUGCGUGCGUCGAAGUUGGGGUGCCACUUAACAGUUGGUCGACCGGCGUAGCUUGUUGCCCGAACUGCAGGCAUGAGCUCCGUGUGUCUCUGUCGUGUGCCAAGGCUCAGACCACUCCUCUCACACCACCUUUCACCAUACAGCCCACGUACUUGCCGCAUUCACCUCUCUGUAAUGUGCCCUCAUCCCCCUUAAUACCUUCACCAUAUAAUGAUGAGCUGCGACGAUUAGCUGAUACUCUCAAAGCUCUGCGGCUUUCUGGGUGGUACUAUGGAAACUUAGAUUGGCAGGGUGCAAGAAAUUUAUUGAAAGAUGCAAGUGUCGGCGCAUUUGUGAUUCGGGAUUCUGGAGAUAGAAAUUUUAUCUUCUCUUUGUCCGUGCAAACAGAACGAGGCCCUACGUCCGUAAGGCUGCAUUAUGAACAAGGAUUUUUUAGGUUAGACUGCGACAGGCCGCUAGCCAGGUUCAUGCCCAGGUUCAGGUGUGUUGUGGAGUUAGUGCAGCACUAUACAAGUGUUGGAGCUCGUGGGUCAGCUGGUACUGUGUGGGUGGACCGGGAAGGGUGUGCUCAUUCGCCAGUCCUACUCAAGACUCCGUUGAGACAGUCACCACCGAGCCUUCUCCACUCUGCUCGACUCGCUGUCCACAAAGCCCUGGACUCUAACCCCCUCACGCCGAAACUGUGGUGUGCCCCCAAACACAGGCUGCUACCGCUGCCCUCGACGCUCAUAGAGUACCUCGGGGAGUAUCCAUACUCAAUCUAACACCAGAUCUGUUUACUUAGUCGAAUUGGAGAGUUUAGUGAAGAUAUUAGGGUAUUAGUGAAUUUUUGCCACUUAGUAUGGCAACAAUAGUUCAUACUCGUUCCCAUUGUGUUGCUAGUACAGGAUGCUAGGUAAAGGGCGGGCUCCUUUAUAUACCAACUAACAUUUAGGUAAUUGUAACUUGUGUAUUAUUUAAUAGUAUUGAAUAUGGGACUCAAAUAUGCUAUAUAGUGAAAGUGUAUGAAUCUGUGUCGGGUAGUUUAUUUGUCUGUAUAUAAUGUGUAACUAUGUAAUUCAAGACUGAUUCCUUUCAAUAAUAUAACACGGAUUUACAUCUGUUGUCACCGAUUUUUAUUUACAAAAUACAAAGUUGAUGCCGAUCUUGUCCAUUAUCUUAAGAAUAUCAUCACAAUAUUUUGUAGAGCUUAUAUAUUUUUAUUUAUUUAUUUCUCGACUAACUUAGGUUAAAGCUAAUAAUAAUUCAGUAAAUAUUAAUUUGUUCCUAUAUAAAAAUAUCCUGUAUUAUAUAAAGGUUCAAUUCUAUGAUAGCUUAAUACACCAUAUCACAUAACAGUUGAAAUGUACAAAAUGUGCCAUCAAUGGAAAUAAACACAAUGAUAUUAAAUAGAUGGAGGUGUUUUUGAGGCUGAGUUUGUAAAUAGUUCUUGUUUGUAUUCCUAUUUAUUUCUUAAUUUUAAUUAGUGUAGGCGAUGUAUGUCAAAAAUGAAUUUCGAUCAUGUAAUGAUCGUCCAAACGUAAGCGUGGCUCGUGACAUUCACUAAUAUAUAUAAAAUCAUGUAUGUACCUUCAAUAAUCUCAACUAGGUUAAACUAGGCGACAGAUAAAUUAGACUUGCUCACGAAUCGUAUCGUAUGCUUGCAUUCUUUUGCUUUGUAGAUCGUAUAUGGAUUUUCUGUACGUUAAUUAAAUUUUAGCUUACGAUACGAAACGAGAGGACCUUUUAGUGGAAACAAAUCGCUGUUAUUAAAUUAUUUAUUAGUCAAAACAGUGGUUUCAGCCUCAAAAUGUAUGCAUAUUAUUCCUUGGUUAAUCUUACCAUUCUUUUAAGUUAAAGCACCAAUUUAAAUAAGUGUGACAUAAUAGAAAUGUGUUUAAUGUUAGACUAAUGUAUGAAAAGAACUGCAAGUAAUUUAUAUAAAAGAAAUAUACAUUCUGCCUCUA